ACCGUCCAGUGACGGCGUCUUCUGCUGCAUAACAAGCUGUGAAAAGAAUUGUCUAUCCCCUCUUAGGAAUACUAGCGAAUGAACAUCUAAGAGAUUGUUGACAGUUCCUUAAUACUCGGCAUUUGUUCGUGUUGUGAUCAACUAAUACUGCAUUAAGAGGAACGUAGAAAUAUUAAAUAAAAAUGGAAGGAAAACCUAUAAAUUUGCUACUGAUGAUAAUACUGACGAGUCAUACGAGCUGUAAUGCAUUGCUAACGACAAAAACGCAUUCAGUAAAUUCUGCACGUACGCUUGAGAUACUCAUGGAUUUGUUCAAAAACUGCAUACCCACAUACCAGCCCACUAUAUGUAUAGCAUAUCAUAGAGAAAUGGAAAGCGAUUUUUUAAGGAAAUUAACAAAAAUCGCCUGUUUGACUGUAGUCGGAUAUACAGCGAAUCGAGAUCCAAAUUUGGAGACCAAAGCCAUUCUGAAAAACAUAUCAGAAAAGAAAAACCUGAAGGAUAUCGAACGAAAGCGGAAAGUCAAUGCAUUUUUAAUAAACGCUAACUCAAUAAAAAUUCUAGAUAAAGUAAUGACGAAGCUUCAAAAUUCAAUUUGGUGGAAUUCAUUAGGAUUAUUCAUAGCUAUGGAAACAAACCCUAAAACCAAUGGCUGCACAAAGGCUUCAGAUUUCAUAUGGAGUAUGUGGUCCUAUGGUGUCUUAUCCUCAAUUUUUCUGUGCCUCGACGAAUUAGAUACACCACGUAUAUAUACAUUCAAUCCCUAUGACGAUUAUGCACCAUCUUCUUGGACAAGAGUUCAUCGAUCGCACUCUCGUAAUGGACACCCCUGGACCCUUUACCGGCAAGAGUAUACACAUGGACGAGACGCGUGCAACGAAGUUGUCUUCGAUAAGACGAGAAUUCUCCAGGGCUAUCCGAUCAGGGUCAAUGCCUGCCCUCGUGAACCAACCUUGUACAUCCACCCCAGUAAAACCGGUCUGGAAAAAUUUUCUGGUGAAGAUGGCAUGAUGAUCACCUCCAUUGCACAGGUGCUAAUGGCCACACUCUCGGACAUCAGUUAUUUUGACGUCAAAUGCGAAUUGGAGUUCGAAGACGCGAAUGCCACUUAUCAAGGUAUGAUGGCAGACCUAGCAUUGAAAAAAGUAGAUAUAGGAAUGAAUAUGAGAUACUUGAAAUCGUAUAAAGGACUAUUAUCAACGUAUCCACAUAUAACUUCACAAUUAUGCUUUGCUACUAAACUAAAAGAAAGUGUCAGCUCUUGGAUCAUAAUAGAAGCACUCUUUUCCAACAUGGCUCAGAGUGGUAUAUUUCUUAUCUUUACUAUAUCUAUGAUUGUCACGAACUAUUUUGAGGGUAAAAAUAUAUCUAAUGCCUUUAUACAUAGCAUUCGAUUGAUACUCAACACUCCUGUUAAGAAUUUGCCUAAAACGACAGCUGGCAGAUUUGUAGGUUAUGCUGAAUUGCUCGUGCUUCUUGUGAUACACACUUUACUCACAGCCAGAUUCGUAUCCGUAUUGACUAACUCGAUUAGUACUGAUAAUAUUGAUACCUUAGAAGAAUUGCAGAGUGCCAAUUAUCCCGUGCUUGCUUCGCCAAGUUUUAGAGACACGUUGGAAAAUUCGAAGUUAAUUGACAGGCUCGUCCUCCUCAAUAAUUCUGACACUUGCACCACGAAGGUGAUAUAUGAAAAUAUGGAACGGAUUUGCGUGGACGAUUGCCUUUCUCUGGAAGCAAUUGCAGUGCAAAAUAAAUUGCACAUAGGAACUCAUAAGCUCGCUAAUAAUUACGUGAAUUAUGUGGCAAGGGCGGAUUGGCCGUUAAUAGAUAGAGUCAACGUCAUUAUACAGAGAACGGUGGAAGCUGGCCUUACAAAUUACUGGAGAUCUUCAAAUAUUCCAGUAGUCAGUCAAGAGCACGUAUAUCUGCUGCAAAAUACAAUGAACGCUCAAAGCUCAGCAGUGUUAUUUAAAAAUUUUAAAUUUACCUUCCGUCUCUUUGGCAUGGGUUUGUGUGUCGCCAGUUUCAUAUUCAUUGCCGAGAUUAUUGUCAAGUUUUUAUUUCACUAUUAA